AUGCAGGACAGCCUGAAAAAGAAACUCGCGGCAUCAAACAGGAGAUUUGGCUAUUUACACAUGCAUGCGGAUCAUCAUUAUCCGUCAUAUGUAUGUACGCUUGGUUUUGAAGGUGAGCGCAGUGCAUGUGGUGUGGUGACGAUUUAUGCAUCAAACGGUGCAGGCAAGGGGCAAAAAGGAAAAAGGAAAGAUACCUACGGUGUUAUCAAGGAGGUGGGGGAAGAUACCGGGUCAAAGCAGCAGUACCUUACCUCCGGCCCCCAUGACGGUAUUACUGGCACGACUGACGCGCUACCCGAUGUUCAUCUCGGUGAAAUAUUCGAAAUAAUAUCAGGAUAUCGGGCUCAUCUGUAUCAGAUAUAUCUAGGGGCUGUCGCCUAUCCAUGUUCGUGGGAUGAUAUCGACCAGGGCAAAUUUCCAGAAAUCAAGAUAGGCUUCCCUUCCGGUGUUCCCCGCGGCUUAGCGUCCAGACAUUCAGUGUAA